UCUUCCUGCCUCUGUGGUUCCUCCCCACCCUGUCUCACCUCAGCAUCUUCUUCUGAGCUCUGAGCCCCAGAAGCUACUUUCACUCCUAACCACACAGCUGUGCAGAUUGCAGCCGCGAUGUGGCCGGCAACCUUCCCUGCUGCUGGCUUAAUGCUGUGGGGGCUCUGGAUAGCUGCCCCCUUUGCUAGCACCUCUCUGGCCCCAGACCUGAGUAAGUCCCAACUGACUCAGAUGUUCCAGGAUUUUAUGAGGCAGUUCAAUAAAACCUACGUGAGCCAAGAAGAGAUGCGAUAUCGGUUCAAGGUCUUCGUGCAGAACUUAGAAGUCAGCCGGCGGCUGCAGGCUGAGGAGUUAGGGACAGCGCAAUAUGGAGUCACCCGCUUCAGUGACCUGACAGAAAGCGAGUUUGCGAUGAUGUUUGCCAUCCCCCAACCCUCCCAGCUCGGCCUGCCCCCCACCUUGAGGGAAUCAGGUAACUCCCGCCCGGGGAAAACAAGCAAAUCCUGCGACUGGAGAAAAACUGGCGUCAUCCCAGCCGUAAAAUACCAAGGCGAAGAGUGCAGGUCUUGCUGGGCUUUCGCUGCUGUGUCCAACAUUGAGGCCUUAUGGAACAUCCACAGACAUUUGCCAAGGAACCUUUCAGUCCAGGAGGUAGUAGAUUGCACAUACAAGAUCGGUUGCCUGGGAGGAUUUGUGUGGGAUGGACUCCAGACUGUCUUCAACAGCAGCGGACUGUCAAACAGCCUUCUGUACCCCUACACCGGCAGAAAUCAGACAUGCCAAAAGCACCGGAAACGAAUGGUUACCCAGAUCGACGGCUAUGAAUUACUCCCCAGGGAUGAGAAUUAUAUCGCUGGAGUCGUUGCUUCCCAGGGGCCUGUAACUGCCCUUCUUAACGAGAAUCACCUUCAGCAUUACCAGAAGGGCAUCAUCCAAUCAUCUUCCCAGUCCUGCAACCCGAAGGAACUGGAUCAUGCUGUGCUCAUUGUGGGCUAUGAUGAAGUCAAAUCUCGACGUGGAUCCUGGACCGGACCAUAUUGGAUCAUCCAGAAUUCGUGGGGAGAGCACUGGGGAGAAAAGGGCUACUUCCGGCUGCACCGUGGCACCAACACUUGCGGCAUUGGCAUGUUCGCGGCAACGGCGAUUGUCCGGGAUUCCGGGGGAAAGAAGCCUGUGGUUUGCCGUCCUUGACGGCGCAACUGCGUUCAUGUGAAAGAGGAAGCUCUACGGCAGGGGGAGACCGUGGGGUGCUAAACUCCAAUUCCCAUCGCCUCUGACAACCAUGAGCCAUGAUGGCUGCAGCUGAUGGGAGCUGGAGUCCAGCAUCAUCUGGAAGCGACCGCAUGGGCUGACUCCUACAGUGCAUCACUUCUUUGUGGCUCGAAUCAGGCCUGCCACCGUUGUUUCUCCCCUUGCACAGCUUCUAAUGCCACAAGCUGUCAUACCCCAGACAUAUUUUUCUAAAGCAUUAUGUCAACGAACAGUGCAGACUCCCAAUUUUGUUGUUGUGGACUGCAUGCCAGCAAUGGGGCAGGGUUGAAGCCAGCAGUGGUGGACCUAUAUU